UUCUUUGAUAACAAUGUAUUCUAUUUAAAAUUUUCACAUUAGGAAUGAUACAAAUUCAUCUUAUGUUUAAUCGAAAAGUAGAAAAUAUGCAGAAAAAGCUCAACAUUUGUAUGGUGUCUGAUUUCUUCUAUCCCAAUACUGGUGGGGAAGAGAGUCAUAUUUACCAACUUGCUCAGUGUCUUAUUAAAAAAGGUCACAAAGUCAAUGUAAUUACUCAUGCCUAUGGAAAUCGUAAAGGAAUAAGAUAUUUAACCAAUGGAUUAAAAGUUUAUUAUAUGCCUGUAUGGGUGGUGUACAAUCAGUGCACCCUACCGACAUUAUUUACCACCUUCCCUGUCAUUCGUUUUAUCCUUGUUAGAGAAAAAAUUUCUAUUGUACAUGGACAUUCAGUAAGAUACUUUUUUUUUUCUCCUUACUUUUGCUGUAAAGGAUCCUCAAAAAAUUGUGUAAAAAGUUCCUAAAAUUGUACGAUUUGCCAACUUUGUUGCCAAAUUCCAAAAAAUUAACCAUCACUAAAGGUACUAAUGCUUAUCAUUUAUUUAUUUACCUUGGCAUAGGGUCUG